UCCUCCUUACUGGUUGUAGUAAUUCAGUCACCGCUCGCUCACUCAGCUCGUCUUUCGGUGUCUACGGGGAAGGAUUGCCGCGCGUAAGGGCACCCAUCCCCUCGGUUAAUAGCUACAACCUGCCGCGGGCAAUGACACUGGAACUCUGAGUCGGGAAUACACGACAAGACGCAAAUAUGACGGUGGACUUUGAAGAAUGUAUCAAGGAUUCUCCCCGUUUCAGGGCUGGCAUCGAUGAUGUCGAGACAGAUGUGGUGGAGAUUGAGGCAAAGCUGGACAAGCUUGUGAAGCUGUGCAGCGGGAUGAUCGAGGCAGGCAGGGCCUACGUCAGUGCCAACAAGCUCUUUGUCAAUGGCAUCAAGGACCUGUCCCAGCAGUGCAAAGAAGAGAAGAUGAUAUCGGAAUGCCUUGAAAAGUGCGGAGAAAGCCUCCAGGAGAUCGUCAACUACCAUAUGAUUUUGUUUGACCAGGCUCAGAGGUCAAUCAAACAGCAGCUUCAUGCCUUUAUUAAAGAUGAUGUACGCAAGUUCAAGGACACCAAGAAGCAGUUUGACCGGGUGCGAGAGGACAUGGAGCUGGCUCAGGUGAAGAACGCCCAGGCUCCCAGGAACAAGAUCCACGAGGCGGAAGAGGCCACACAAGCCCUCAUUCUGAGCCGUAAAGCCUUCAGACACUUGGCCUUGGACUAUGUCCUACAGAUCAAUGUGCUUCAGGCCAAGAAGAAGUUUGAAAUCCUAGAUGCGAUGCUGUCCUUCAUGCGUGCCCAGUACACUCUUUUCCAGCAAGGCUUCAACAUCCUGGAUGAGAUUGACCCCUACAUGAAAAAGCUGGCGGCACAGUUGGAUCAGCUGGUCAUCGACUCAGCCAUGGAGAAGAGGGAGCUAGAGCACAAACAUGCCCUCAUCCAGCAAAGAGACUUUUCCUAUGAUGACCCCAAGUUGGAGUUCAAUGUGGAUGCGCCCAAUGGUGUCGUCAUGGAGGGCUACCUCUUCAAGAGGGCCAGCAAUGCUUUCAAGACCUGGAACAGGCGGUGGUUUUCCAUACAGAACAGCCAGCUGGUUUACCAGAAGAAACUCAAGGACUCUUUGACUGUGGUGGUUGAGGACCUGAGGCUUUGCUCUGUCAAACCAUGUGAAGAUAACGAGAGGAGGUUCUGUUUCGAGGUGGUUUCACCCACUAAGAGCUGCAUGCUGCAAGCUGAGUCUGAGAAGUUGCGGCAGGCGUGGAUCCAAGCGGUUCAAGCAAGCAUUGCCUCCGCUUACAAAGACAUUGCUGACAAUUACUACAUUGAGCGCCUGGACCGGACAGCCUCACCGUCCACCAGCAGCAUCGACUCUGCCAGCGAGCCCAGAGACAGAGGGGAGAGGGUGGAUAAGGGUAUUCGUGGAGGAGGUGAAGGCCUCCUUCAGCGGGUACAGAACCUACCGGGCAAUGAACUGUGUUGUGACUGCGGCCAGACUGCUCCCUGCUGGGCUUCCAUCAAUCUUGGAGUGCUGCUGUGCAUCGAGUGCUCUGGAAUCCACAGGAGUCUUGGAGUCCAUUGCUCAAAAGUGCGUUCACUGACGCUUGACUCAUGGGAACCUGAAUUACUCAAAUUGAUGUGUGAAUUGGGGAACACUGUGAUCAACCAAAUUUACGAGGGAGCAUGCGAGGAGCUAGGGGUGAAAAAACCUGGACCGUCCAGUCCGAGACAGGAGAAAGAAGCCUGGAUUAAGUCCAAAUAUGUGGAGAAACGUUUCCUAAAGAAGAUGAGUGGUAGCGAGGCAUUGGUGGAGGGUGAAAGAAAGUCUCGACCUUGGACUGUGAAGAAGUGCCAGCGACGCAACAGCUCAGUUCGGGCGCCGAACAAAGCUCGAAGGAAAUACCAUCGCUAUGAGCCUGGCAGUGCAUCACACGCUAAUCUCUCAGCAGCAGCUGCGGCCAAGUUUCGCCGGGAUUCCCUGUUCUGUCCGGAUGAACUGGACUCCCUCUUCUCCUACUUUGACACAGGCUCCGGUCCACGCAGCCCCGCAGGUCUGAGCAGUGAUAGUGGCCUGGGAGGAAGUACUGAUGGCAGCACCGACAUCCUGGUCUUUGGCUCUGUGGUGGACAGUGUCACAGAAGAAGAGGAAUCAGAGGAGUCCUCCAGCGGUGAGGUGGAAAUUGAACAAGAAGUCCCCUCAGACCCCGAGGACCUGAGGGAACUCCACCCUGGUGCGCUCCUCCACCGUUCCUCACGUCUGCACAACCUACCCCUUAUGGCGGAGGCGUUGGCGCACGGCGCGGAUGUACACUCAGCGAGUGAGGAAGAGGAUGGAAAAACACCACUCAUACAGGCAGUACUGGGGGGGUCUCUGAUAGCUUGUGAGUUCCUGCUUCAGAAUGGAGCCGAUGUCAACCAGAGGGACAUGAGGGGGAGGGGCCCGCUGCAUCACGCUACCUACCUGGGACACACUGGCCAGGUGUGUCUGUUCCUGAAGAGAGGGGCAUCGCAGACGGAGGUGGAUGAGCAGGGUCAUGACCCACUCAGCAUCGCGGUCCAGGCUGCCAAUGCAGACAUCGUCACCCUCCUGCGUCUUGCGAGGAUGAAUGAGGAGAUGCGAGAGGCGGAGGCCCCACUUGGACAACCAGGGGUUACCAAGGGCAGCAGGAGGGUAAAAUCCAAGGAUGUUCGGGAUAGAGUGACAUCUCCUGUGUUGAUGUCUUUCGCGAGUUUUCUCUCCUCGCAUCUCUCCAGCCCGAGAAGUUGAGGAGGAGGAGUGUCCAGUUCAGUCACUGUGAGAAGCCUUAGGAAGCCUUUAAACUCAUCACACCUACACUUCAGCUUGGAAGACGCUUGACAUGACUGAGCUGCAUGUUGCGGUGGAAGCUAAAACGGGCAUCAUGAGUGUGAUGAUCUCAGAAGGGUGUUCAAUUCAAUUCAAACUGUGUGCAUAUCAGAACGCUCUUCAAGCAUUAGGUUUUAGAUUGUGCACCAAGAAGUCAUUAAGAAGUUAAAAUGGACUGGUUUUAUUUUUGUCAGUACACUGAAAAAAAUAAUUUGGCCUAUUUACUCAGGUUUACGUAUUUCAAUUACAUGACAAAUUUCCAUCCAAUUGAAUUAAGUUUUCUGAAUGUAAACCAGAAAAUAAAAUGUAUGUAGUUUUAUCAAAUAAAACUGAGAUGAAUGGAAUAAAGUGAAUUUGUGGACCAACUGCUAACAUAAUUUACCUUAUGCUGUAUAUUUAAUAAAGUCUAUGGCUGUCAAUAAGGUUUAUGUAAAAGUUGUAAUCAAGUUUAUGUAAUGUUGUUAACGUAGGUUUAUGUAAAACUUAAAAUUAUAUUUAAUACAAAUGAUGAAUAGUUUAAAAAUGCUGAUGUACACAUUACAAUUAUUUACCUUUCAUCUAUUUGGUCACAUGUAUUAUAUCAGAGAAAGGUGCACAUUUUCAAUUAAAACCAAUUUAUUGGUUUUAACAAACAGUUUCAAGAAAUUGACAGUGUUUGAAUAAAUGAAAAAAAAAAAACAUGUUUAACUGUCCAUAGCCAAGACAAUUUUCCUUCAGGUAACAUGCACUGAAAAAAAUGAUUAUGGGCUGUCAUAGCUGUCAUUAUGAGAUUAUUAUUACUACUUUUUACCUAAUUACGGAUAUUUACAAUUUCUAUUCAUCAAAAUGAAUAAAAUCAGCGAGAGUCUUUAUAGAAUGAGAUGAAUUUGAUUAAAACACAUAAAACCAAUGAGACUGGGUUUCAUAAAGGUUCAGGCAGUAUACUGGAAAAAAUGAUUAUGUGCUGUCAUAGGCAUUAUAAGAUCAUUAUUAAUCAUCUUUACCUAACUACAGAUAUGUACACAUUUUAUUAAUAAAAAUGAAUAAAAUCAGCAUGUUUCUUUCUAGUAUGAGAUGAAUUUGAUUAAACCA